CUAGUACAGCGCUGAGUGACAGUCCUGCUGCUCCACGGUAGCUGCUCAACAGCAACAAGAAGACCGGAGCAGGACAGCAGGGGUGGGGGGACAGACACACAGAGGGAGACGCAGACAGACCGACAGGAUGGACUCUGUGCUGUGUAAUGUGCACUAAAUGGGAUUAAACCUCUUGGAGCAGCAGUAGUAGUAGUAGUAGUAGUAGUGGAGAGUAGGGGGAGCUGCGCGCCGAGCUGUGCCGCAUGUGCUCGGCUGUGAGGAAAACUUGCACCGGCCGGACAGAAAAACACCAAGAAGAACAAGCUUGAAAAGGGGGGAACUAACCGCAACUGCAGCCCCCUGGUUCAGGUUCAACCGGCGGGACUAUUAGUAGCAGCGAUCCGACCCCAGCCUCCCCUCUUUCACAUGCCUGCGUUGAUGUGGGAGAGAGGGAGGGGAGCGGAUGAAUUAUCACUCUAAACUUAAAAAAUAGUUUUUUUUUUUAGGAGAGAAAUAACAUGAUGUCGGUAGUUAUGGAGAGCCAACAAGCGGGCGAGAUCCAGAGCACCGAGGAUGUGCGGAAGAGCGGCUAUCUCCGCAAGCAGAAGUCCAUGCACCGGCGGUACUUCGUCCUCCGCGCCGCUUCGGAGCGCGGCCCGGCCCGCCUGGAGUACUACGAGAGCGAGAAGAAAUUCCGCGGCAAGGCCCCCGUCCCGAAGAAAGCACUGGCUCUGGAGACAUGCUUCAACAUAAACAAGCGGGCCGACUCCAAGAACAAGCACAUGAUAGUGCUCUACACCCGGGCCGAGAGCUUCGCCAUCGCCGCGGAGAGCGAGGCGGACCAGGACGAGUGGUACCAGGCCAUGGUGGAGCUGCAGUGCAAAAGUAAGAACCACACUGACAGCGAAGAAGGUGGGGACUAUGGCAUACCCAAUCCUGGGCCUGCAUUCAAAGAGGUGUGGCAGGUGAAGGUGUGGCCCAAAGGCCUGGGUCAAGCCAAGAACUUGGUGGGCAUCUACCGCCUUUGCCUGACUGACAAGACGGUCAACUUUGUCAAGCUCAACUCGGAUGCUGCUGCCGUCGUGCUGCAGCUGAUGAACGUCCGGCGCUGCGGCCAUUCAGAAAACUUCUUCUUCGUGGAGGUGGGAAGAUCUGCCGUGACAGGCCCGGGCGAGUUCUGGAUGCAGGUGGAUGACUCUGUUGUGGCGCAGAACAUGCAUGAAACCUUGUUGGAGGCCAUGAAGGCACUAAGCGAGGAAUUCCGCCAACGCAGCAAGUCUCAGUCGAACUCCGGUCCUGGAGGAGGUGCUACUGCUUCUAACCCCAUCAGUGUUCCCUCCCGCCGCCAUCAUCCGAACCCUCCUCCCAGCCAGGUGGGCUUCACCCGCCGACCCCGAACGGAGCCUCCAGGAGGAGCUAACAACGGAGCAGGGGUCAACAGUGCCAAUGCCUCUCCCACCCCACGGCAUACCUUUCCGAGAUCUCGCACUGCUAGCGAUGGUGGGAAAGUUGAUGAUGGUAUGACUGGGAACAUCCCGCUCCCAGGGCCAUGCUCCAGCCCCUCCACCAAUGGCUCCUGCUCCACCACCCCAAUCCUCAGGUCAAAGUCAGCCCGUUCAGUUCCGAACACUGCUGCUAAAACCCCUCUUGGUUUGAUGCGUUCCAUCUCCACCCCGGCGCCCUCCCCAGCCCCGAGCCUCUCCUCUAGCUCUGGGCACGGCUCUGAGUUUGGAUGCGUGACGUCUGCUGGUGCCGGUCCGGGGUCUGGCGCCUACAGUCGAGUCCCCUCCCAUCGGGCCUCUGUCUCGGGCUCACCCAGUGACUAUGGCUCCUCAGACGAGUACUGCUCGAGUCCUGGGGAUCCCUCUCACCUUCCCUCCCCGAGCCUCCCCGGAAGCUCUGUUGGUAGCACCGGCAGCCAGUCCAUUGGUGAUGAGGGAUCCAACUAUAUCCUGAUGGGCCAACGAAGUGGUGGUGGUGGCGGUGGUGGUAGCAGCAGUAACCAAGGGAGCUUGACGUCCAGUUCUCUACCAGCACCAGGAACCCCUGUCUGUGGCUCCCAGCCCCAGACCAAGAGAGUGCUGCGCCGCUCCUCCAGCCGCGAAUGUGAAGUUGAACGUAGGCUGCUGAGCAAGCGAGCUUCGUUGCCACCGAUGGCCCUGGAGAAGUUGGCCCCCCGCCAGCGCAGAGCCGAGGAGCCGGCAGACGAAGAUUCGGCCGAUUACGCCAUCAUGUCAAGGAGCACCAGCCGCGAGUCAUUUGCUUCUACCUCCUCCUCCAUACAGAGGGAAUCUGUCAUGGGUGCUGGGUCAGUUGGGGGAGGAGGAGGGUACUUGGAUGUAGCUGGUGAGUUUAAAAGUGAAGUGGCGGGAGCAAGUGGUAGUGUAGAUAUAGGUGUGGACAAUGGGUAUAUGUCAAUGCUGCCAGGCGUCACUCACCCUCCAGCAUCCCCGUCCCAAUCGUUGGCCGUCUCAGUCCCGGACUCAGAUUCCAAACCUGCCGACGACUACAUGGCCAUGACCCCUAACAACAGUGUGUCGCCACCACAGCAGAUCCGGCCUCCACCAGCGUCUGACGGCUACAUGAUAAUGUCCCCCAAUAGCAGCUGCUCCCCGGACCAGCGUGGAGGUCUCUCUGGAGGCGCCUGGAUGGGCAGCGGAAGUGCAGACAGCAGGGCAGGCAGUGACUACAUGAAUAUGUCUCCAAUAAGUGCACGUUCCGUAAACGGCAGUCCCCCACCUCCUGAGCACACCGGUCAUUUGGAGACCAGUUCUCAACAGCCAGCCCCUAAGAUGGUGUAUUCUUACUAUUCCCUUCCCCGCUCAUACAAACACAACCCCUCUGCCGGACACUUUGACGAUGGGCCUGGACGAGGCAGAAGGCCCAAUGGGAGUUGCAGUAGGGGAAUGGGCGGAGGUAGGACUAUGGGAGGGCGUCAGGAGCAAACGGCAGCGGGAAAUUCAGUGGUUGGGCGCCAUCUGUCACUCUCCUCUUCCUCAUACUCCUCCAGCUCAGCCAGCAGCGAGAGCCUCGGGGAGGGCGAGGACCGAGCCUCCCAGGCAAUGAGCAUGGCCGGGGGCACUCAGUCCAAAGAUUGUGGUAAGCUCCAGCAAAGACGAGGCACUGGUGGAUUGUCCAAGCAGGGUAGCCAAGGUAGGAACAGACCAGUGAGCCUGUUUGUCGAUGUUUCCAAGGCGAAUACCCUUCCCAGGGUCCGUGAGAACCCGCUGCCCCCGGAACCGAAGAGCCCUGGGGAGUACGUUAGCAUUGAGUUUAAGGGGGAAAAGAGCAGCCAGACUGGGGUCGGAGGAGGGCGAGGCCGGGGUCUCAGGCACGGCUUAUCACUGCCUCAUGGCUCAAGCAGCAAGCAUCCUCAACAUAGGCCAUCUUCCUGCUUAGGGAAUUUUAUCCCCCUCUCCCGUAGCCCCUCUUCCCCCAUCACUCCCCCAUCUGCCUCCGAGUAUGUCAACAUGGACUUGGGGCCUUCUCCAUGCCCCUCACCUCUCUCCCUUGCUCCACUAGUUUUCCACACUUUCCACACCCCUCCUACACCACCAACACAUGCCCCUAAAUCCUGCGAUGGGGGGACUACUAGCCCUCGUGAAGAGGGGGCGCAAGUAGCUGAAGUAGCCCCUCUUAGGAAAAGCAGGGAAAGUGUCCCAUCAUUGUCUGAGUCUCAAUCCCCAACUUCCUGUGGAGACUACACAGAGAUGGCCUUCAGCUUAAAUAGCAACACUGUCCCAAGGUCAUCAUCCAGUGUUUCCCCGAAAGCCCCUUCUCCCACCAGGACUGAUCCUUCAGUCCAACUGCUAUCCAGGGGUCUGGACUUCCCCUUAGCCAAGCCCGGACCCAACCCAGACCACGGGGCUAAAGUUAUCCGAGCCGACCCCGCAGGACGCAGACGCCACUGCUCAGAAACCUUCCUCGCUGCACCGUCCCUCCCCACCUCUACCUCCUCUUCCUCCACUGCCUCCCUCUUCCCAGAACAUGCCCAAGCUGUGGCUCGUCGGCUGGGCUUUGAAAGCAUGCUGUGGGGGAACGGUGCUGUGACGGAGAACCCCCCUCAGUUCGCCCUCCCUGGACAGCAGUCCCUUCCCACAAACACUCAGAAUUCGUCCACAGAGCAAGGCCUUAAUUACAUAGACUUGGACUUGGCCAACAAAGAGGGCCCCCAUUUGGGCCUGGAUGGACCCUCAGGUAGCCAGGCCCCAUCUCGCCUUUUCUCUGCACUGGGUGGAGGGUCUGGUGUUGGGGUAGCGGGAGCGGCAGCCGGCAGCAACAGCAACUCAGCGCUCAACACUUACGCCAGCAUCGACUUCUACAAAUCAGAGGAGCUGCGAACCCAUCAGAAUGGAAACAAGGAAGGAACUGAGUGUUGAUGUCAGUGCGUCGUCCUUUGGGAAACAAUCUGGUGCUCCUCGGAGAGCUUUAAAGCUCCGCCUGUUCCUUUUGUGUCGACCAAUCACAUUGAGCCGAACAGCUGGAUCGGACACGCCCCAGAAGCACUUUGAGAGACUGUUGGAAAACUUUUCUUCUUCGCUUGUCAUCUUGUGGAAGCAACAUGGAUGUGUGCCAAAUGACAUUCUUGUUAAAGCUAUUUGCUGCUCUCAUUCCACGAGGUGUAAGCCAAUCAGAGAAGGGUAUGGGGGGAAGAAAUGGGGAUUUCUGUUUUGAUUUUUUGAAAAAAAUUCAAAUCAUUAAGAGUAUAAUGGUGGAUAUUCAGUGUAUGAAAGAAAAGAAAAUAAUUAUAUAUCUGCUCAAAAAGUGCCUCAUUUUCAGAUUGUAGCCAUUUUACAAAAAACUUCAACUAUGCCUCAACUAACUGAAGCUUUGGGUUUUUCUGAGGGGGGGAUUUGCUUGACUUAAUGUAGUUACAAAAAAAAGUGCAACAGAAGAUACUGGUAUGAGCUUUUACUGCGUUCAUGUCAUAUGGGAGGAUUUUGGUGUCAAUAGAUGGCCAUUUAAACAUUAUCCUUAAAUGUAUUUUGUGUCAUUAAAGGUGGGGUAGGUACGUUUGAGAAACCGGCUCGAGAUACACUUUUUGUAUAUUCCAUGGAAUGCUCUUAACAUCCCGAUAGCAA